AGGUGUAUCCUCUUCUAUAGAACUCAAUGUCUAUACUGUGCGUACAUGGACCUUGUAUACAAGUGUAUCCUCUUUAGUCCCUACACACAUAUAGGUUUAUAGACUUCCAUGUCUAUACUGUGUAUAUGGACCUUGUGUACAGGUGUAUCAUCAUCAGUGUCUAUAUUAUUUCUGUAUUAUAUAUCUGCAGGUGUUCUCUCCUCUAUAGACCUUUUAAGGCCCCUCUAUACAGGUGUAUUCUUUUUAUUUCUUAUAUACAGGUGUUCUAUCAUUUACAGAUAUGCAUAUUGUAUUUUUUAUCUCUUCUUUUAUAGGCCUUUAUCUUUAUUGAGCAUAUAAUUACUGUAUACAGGUUCUCCUCUUCUAUAGACUUUUAUAUGUUGUCCUUGUUUUUUCUCAACAGACCUCCACGCCUAUACUUUCUCUCUGAUUCUAUAGACCUUCUUUAUUUCUGUAUCGUCCAUAUGGGUCCUGUAUCGGGUGUAUCCUGCCUCUAUUAAUGAAUCUAGUUAAAAGCCCUAUACUCACUAAGAAACAUGAAACGUAGUGGGAGUAAAAACUGCCUGAGUCAGAAGUGCUGUUUGGGAUCAAGAGAGAAAGAUUGGCUAAGAGAAGACCCCAGCAGAGGAUGUAUCUACGUCUAUGGGACCGACCACACAUCCUCCAUUUGUGACGUACACGUGGUGCUCUGCACUGUGGACACAAGGGUCUCCGAUAUCCUGCUAAGUGAGGGGACAGACAGCCUAUAUGUUCAGCUCAAUGGAGACCUGGUCAGGAGGCUAGAACCUGAAGAACGACCCCUACACAUGAUAUAUAAGUACCUGUCUGAUCUGGGAUUUCGGGACACUGCUCGCAUCCAGGAGGAGGCUGCCCACUCUGAUCUUAGCUGCAUGAUUCGAUUCUAUAAUGAGAAACCAAGUUCUUCAGAGCAGCUGGACCGAAUUCUGCUCUCAGGUGUGUAUAACGUGCGCAAAGGCAAAACCCAGCUGCACAAGUGGGCGGAGAGGAUGGUGGUUCUGUGCGGUACCUGCCUAAUUGUAUCGUCUGUGAAGGACUGUCAGACAGGGAAGAUGCACAUUCUACCCCUUGUGGGUGGCAAGAUAGAGGAGGUAAAGAGGAGGCCGCACUGUCUGGCCUUCAGUUCUGCUGAAGCACAAGCUCCUACUUACCAUGUCAGCUUUGAUUCUGCAGCAGAGUAUCAGAGAUGGGUCCGCCAGGCAACCAAAGUUGUAUCUCAAAGGCUGAGCACGGUAGAUCUCUCAUGUCAAAGCCUGGAGGAGAUUCCGGAGCACCUGUUCUACUGUCAGGACAUCACCAACCUUAAUCUCCGUCACAACUUCCUGCAGCUGCACAGUGCGGCUGGAGUGACCAGUCUUUGCAGGUUUUCACAGCUAAAAGUUCUGAACCUGUCUCAAAACAAGUUGGGAGAUUUCCCCCUCCAGUUAUGUGAGAUAACCACACUUACAGAGCUUAAUGUGUCAUGUAAUGGACUGACACAUUUACCAUCCCAAGUUGGGCAGAUGCUCAGUCUGCAGAUACUAAACCUGGAUGGCAAUUGCUUGACUUCAUUACCAGAGGAGCUUGGAUGUCUGCAGCAGCUCUCCUGUUUGAGUAUCUCAUUCAAUGAUUUGAGUAGUAUACCCUCUGUGUUUGAGAAACUUUGCUUAGUGGAAAAAUUGUGCAUGGCUGGGAACCGCAUGGAGUCUUUAAGUCUUCAGACUUUAAGAAACAUGGCUCAUUUGAAGUCCAUAGACUUGAGGAUGAAUCAUCUUACGCAAGUCAUUGGCACCAUGGAGGGAAUAGACAACAUCACCCAGUUUGAUGUACGGGAUAACCAGCUUACAGCACUGGACCUUAGAUGCUUGGGGAACCUAGAACAAUUGCACUGCGAACACAACCAGCUGAAGGAGCUGACACUUUGUGGCUUCUCCCUGAGAGCAGUUUAUGCCGCUUCAAACAGGUUGACUGUGGUGAAUGUAUAUUUAGCUCCUUCCCAGCUGGUUUCUUUAGACUUGUCCAGGAACUGCUUAACAUCAGCGCCAGAUUGGAUUUGUGAAGCUAAGAAACUGGAAGCUCUAGAUCUCAGCUGGAACCUAUUAACAGAGUUACCGUUAAGUGUAAUAGCAUGUCCCAAGCUUAGGAAACUGCUCCUAGGACAUAACCAGUUGAAGAACAUGCCAUGCCCUGCUGACUGCAUCCCUCUUGAAAGUCUGGAUGUGCAACAUAACCUACUGAGACACCUUCCUGACUUCCUCUUCUCUGUAGCUUUAAAUCUCAGGUUUCUUAAUGCAUCUGCAAAUGCACUAGAGUCCCUGCCAUCAAUGUGUAGUGGAGAGGAGAAUGGAACUAGGCUGCAAGUCCUCUACUUAACCAACAACCAACUGACUGACCAGUAUGUCCCAUUCUUGACCAUACACAUGAACCUUAGGGUCUUGCAUAUGGCAUUUAACCAACUGGAAACCUUCCCAGCUAGCAAACUGAACAAAUUGGAACAUUUGGAGGAGCUGAAUCUAAGUGGAAACCGCCUGAAGUCCAUUCCCAGCACUGUAUCCAACCUCAAACAUCUGCACACACUCAUCGCUCACUCCAACAGCAUCAGUGUGUUUCCUGAGAUUUUUCAUCUGCCGCAUAUCCAGCUGGUUGACUUGAGCUGUAACAGCCUGAUGGAAAUCCCGGCGCCUGAUACCCUGCCACCUGCCCUGCAAGAGCUGGACUUUAAGGGGAACAGUGACCUGGUUCUGGAUCAUCAGCUCCAUGACAUCUUCAGUCACAUCCCUAUCCUGAAAAUCGAAAACAAGCCACUGCCUAACGCUGAGAUGACUGUGCCAUCGACUCCCUGGAAUCAUGGCUUAGUGGAGAUGUCUGGACAAAGGAACAAGCUCUGUGUAUCCUCAUUGGCUGUCAGUGACUUUGCGGAAGGGGUGGAGGCUCUGUAUGGCAUGUUUGAUGGAGACAAGAACGAAGAGGUCCCACGUUUACUGCAGUGCACCAUGGGAGAUGUGCUUCUUGAAGAAGUGCAGCAAACAAACUGUGAUAGGACAUUCAUGUGCCACACAUUCCUAGUGUCUCACAGGAAGCUGGGGACUGCAGGGCAGAAACUCGGCUCUUCUGCCCUCUUAUGCUACAUCGGACAUACUUCACCUGAACUCGGCAACAAUUUUUCUUUGAUGGUCGCCAAUGUGGGAACUUGUCAGGCUGUGCUGUGUCGGAAUGGGCAACCACUAGUUUUAUCCCGCACAUUUAGUAUCGAGCACUGCUAUGAAGAUCUUUUGAGGAUCAAGGAACAGAAGGCGAUUAUCACAGAAGAUAAUAAAGUGAAUGGUGUAACUUGCUGCACACGUAUGCUUGGCUGUACAUAUCUCCACCCAUGGGUGCUUCCAGAACCUCAUAUCACAAAGUUACCACUUACUGUACAGGAUGAGCUGUUGAUUCUGGGGAACAAAGCAUUGUGGGAGUAUGUGCCAGUAGCAGAAGCUGUACAGACCAUUCGUCACUUGCCAGAUCCACUUUUAGCUGCUAAGAAGCUCUGCACUUUAGCACAAAGCUAUGGUUGUCUGGAUAAUGUUGCCGCCCUAGUGGUUUGUCUUAAUAUUGGGGAGGAUACAUGUACUUGUGAAAUGCAUACUCUGACUUUACCCAGCCCAUCUGGCUUGACUGCCACAGCUGCCACAAAAGAUUCUCCAGACUCUGUGACUCCAUCAUCCAGUAGCGGCAUUGCCUCAGAGUUCAGUAGUGAGAUGUCAGUAUCCGAGGUGAGCAGUGAGGUUGGCUCCACAGCUUCUGAUGAACACGCUGUUGCUGGAAUAGAUGGAGGCCUCAUCCUCAGGCCCGAGCGGAGAUGCAGUCUCCAUCCAGUUCCUUCAGCCAGCACUUUUCAACGUCAACCAUCUUGUGCCACUUUCUCCAGCAACCAAUCGGAGAAUGGUCUGGACAGUGAUGAUGACCUACAGGCUGAAGGCCUCAAUACUGGCAGCAGGGUUGAAGUGGAGGUGGAUAUUCACUGUAGCAGGCAACACUCUCCAGAACCUUCUGCCCUGGGAAUGUUUCCCAGUCUGGAAGAGGAUUGUGCUGGAAUUUCAGUGCAGAUUCUUCAGCAAAACACUAUAAAUCACAACUCGACAUCAAGCCAAGAAAGGGAUGACCUGCCUUCCUGCUCCGGGCCUUGCCUUUAUCGAAAGAAACACUCCAAUGGGUCUGUUGUGCCACUUGAAGAGAUCCUUAACCUCAUUGAGGUUGCUUCUGAGGCUCCCAGGAAAAAAACUGGCUACUUUUCUGCACCUUCACAGUUUGAACCAGAGGAUCAUUUUGUAGUACCCCCACAUCUGGAAAACGAGGUUCGACAGCAGUUAAAUGACUUAGAAUCUGGAGCUGAAGAUAGAUCCAAUGCCCUUGAAGAAUUUGACACUGCUUUGUGACCAUGUAAGCCCAAAAACUUAGGGAAGGGGAAGUGGUCAUAUCAUCUCUUGUCCUGCUCCCCAAAUUGCACAUUUUACUAUUUUCUCACUCCUAUAUCAUGUAAUGCCAAUCACAGCAUACCUCUUGUACUCUUAUAUUUAAAGCCAAAUCUGUUUUUGUUUUUUUUAAAUAAUUUAUUAAUGGAUUUUCAAUUCCUGGUGGUUGAGCCAAUGAACAAAUGUGAAUUUAAUCCAAAUAUUUAUAUUUUUUACCACUAUUGAAGGUACUACACACUAAGCUAGAGCUUGAGCUAAUUGAGGUACUCAAACAUGACAUAACAGCCUCAGUUGCUUCAGGUUAUACAGAAGUAGAAAAGGAGCUUGAGGGGUAAUUAUGGAGGGGUCUGGUUCCUCUGAGAAGAAGCAAUGGGCAAGGGGUACUGUUUUCCACCGUCCUAUACAGACCAGUGACUGAAUGGAUUGCUGAAAACUAUUUUAAUACCUCUAAGUAUGCUUAUAUGGAUGAGCCCUGAUGCAGACAAAGCAGUCUUUCUGCCUUGAUAGAGCACGGCCAACAAACAUCAUUAUCUACUACCCAGAAGCCUAGCCCAAGACAUGGACUAUCUACUUCAAUAAUACUCGUUUGAAUAAUUGGCAGUGACUGAGGCAGACAUUAAUAAGUGUAGAAUGAAGGACAUUUGUGGGAAUGUUCCCAUCAUAGUAAUUUCUGAGCCAUUCUAGAUCAAACUCGAGCAGCUUAUGAUUCACAUUAGCACUUUUAAAUCAACUGGACUUGCAUCUGGGCCAGCAAAGACAUCCUAGAACACCAUGGUCAUAGUUUGUAGACCAUGAAUGAGGACUUGAACAUUAUCAUUAGAUACUUAACGCAAAGUUUUAUUAUUUGGUGAUUGGUUUAGACAUGAAACUCCGUUAUACAAGUAGAAUUUACAAUGUUGAGGGGGUUCAAUUUUAUUUUUUUUAAGAUGACUAAAUGAUCAAAAUAUCCUACUGUAGGGUCAAGACCUUCAUCUGAGUAAAUGUCCCUAGAGUCAUUCAGGUUUAUGACCAGUGGACAUGAGCCAAUUUGUUUUUAUAUGCACUUUGAACUUGGGUCAUGGUACCUGUAAGGGAGCAGAGACUCCGCCUGAUGCAACUAAAGUAACUGUUGAGAUCUUGUGGCCUGAACCACAUCUGAUAUUGCUAGAAAUUUGUCGAAUUUGCACUAAAUGCUUUAUAAAUUCUGCUGUCUAACACUGCAGAUUGCAUUGCUUUCCCUGGUCUGUGUCCUCCUAAUGUCUUGAGUCCAGCUUUACAGGCAAACUUUGGGUUGUGAAUGAACCAACAUGAUCCAAAUAUGACUAGGAACCCUGGAAUGGAUGGAACAGUCUUCACCUCAUCUCUCAUGAUGCUUUGCAAGCUCAGGGCUGUGAAGUCCAUUAUUCCUGAUAUGAAUGGAAUUAUCACUGCUAUCUGUCAUUCCUUGUUUUAAUAUGUAUGACAUGUUUCCACAAGAAAAUGUCGCCAAUUGGGAAGACCAAGUACUGUUUUAAGAAGGCUGGGUUAUUAUAACAAGAGGGGUUCGACUUUGAUAUGAUUGCUUUGUUAGACAUCAUUGAUAUUACUCAUCUGGGCAGUAUGAAGACAGUCUACAAUAUUGAUUACACUGAGGCAUAAGUCACUUUGUAUUUCACUUCUGGUGAUUUUAAAAUCUGCUAUUGCUGCUGUGUUUAUUUCUGUACCAGUGGAGAGGGACACCAUUCACUUACUAAAAUGUGAACUACCUGGACAUCUCUGUGCUCUGGUAAGAUAUCACUGUAGUUAUAUAUGAUAUUGGUAAAUGUUAAACUUGAAAUUGUCACGAGAGACUGGUACAUAAAAUGGUGCAAGUUAGAGCCUCAGUAUUGCUACAGUAACCAUUAUACAAGGUUUAACUUUCAUUUACAUUUGCUUAUAGGAAUAGGUUUCCAAUGCCAAAUUCCUAGAGGUACGAGAACUUUUCCCAUCUUAGCCUUCACUCACACCAUUAAUGUUGCUAUGAGUUGUGUAGUUCCAUGUCCCUAUUGCCUCUGGUCUUUCUUUUACUUGCAAAAGGCUUUGUACAUUUGGACAUUUCACAGGGAGUUCAGUUCUCCCUCUGAUCAUCCCUUGUCUACUUUUAGGCUAUGUUCACACUAUGAAAUGUCUGCACAGAGAAUAAAAACAUAGGGGGAGAUUUAUCAAAACCUGCCCAGAGAAAAAGUUGCCAAGUUGCCCAUAGCAACCAAUCAGAUCACUUCUUUCAUUUUUAACAAGGCCUCUGCAAAAUGAAAGAAGCGAUCUGAUUGGUUGCUAUGGGCAACUCAGCAACUUUUCUACUACACAGGUUUUGAUAAAUCUCCCCCAUAGAAUGUGUCGGUAGAGCCAUUUGGCCCACCUAGUCUACCCAAUAUUCUGAAUACUAUGAAUAGUCCUUGUCCCUAUCGUAUAUGAAGGAUAGCCUUAUACCUAUCCCAUGCAUGCUUAAACUCCUUCACUGUAUUUGCAGCGACCACUUCUGCAGGAAGGCUAUUCCAUGCAUCCACUACUCUCUCAGUAAAGUAAUACUUCCUCAUAUUACUGCAUAAACCUUUGCCCCUCUAAUUUAAAACUAUGUCCUCUUGUGGUAGUUUUUAGAGAUGAGCGAAUUUACAGUAAAUUCGAUUCGUCACUAACUUCUCGGCUCGG